CUAGCUCUACGUUCUUUCUGUUCUGUGUGCGUUGCGCCAUUUUGUCAUGUUGGUCGUGGUAUUUUUGUAUAGUUGCGAAAAAUAUUGAUAAUGUUUUUGCAGUUCAUGCUUUUAUGUCCAUUGUUUAGAACAGUUUCGCACUUUGUGUCUUGGAUCCUAUAUCUUUUGUGACUGUGAUUGUGAACAGAAGCCUGUAGUUAUUUACAUGUACCUAUGUAUGUAUAUGUCUCAGUAUUUUCGCGGGUGAAUUUGAUUGAACCAAGAUGCUGGGUAAAAGAAUGCACCAUAACAGCAAAGGGCGACUAGCUAGCAAAGGGCAUGAUAAUGGAAAACCUUCUAGUCCAGGAAUAUCACCCUACAAUAAACCAGCAAAGAUACCAGGUUCAGUAUCAGUGGGAAAAACUAAAGUAGAUAUGUGCCCCAUUCCUUAUAUUAAAAUCCAGGAUAAUGCUGUUAGUUUACCGCGCUUUACAGCUAUAGCUGCCAGGUCUGCAGAUGAACCCAUUGGUAUGGAUGAACUUGAUUCUUUGCAGUUAGAGUUAGAAUCGCUUCUGUGUAAUACAGCUCUUCGUGUUAGAUAUUUUCAGUCUGAAAUAGAUAGCAUCGAUACAAAUGAGUCUAAGCGAGAAAAAAAAGGCAAGGCAGCUGGAAAACAGGUACAAUACCCUGUGAAAAGGAAAUUCUUGGAAGAUAAGUCUAUGAAAUCAAAAGACUAUACAAAACUCUCUAACCAACCUAAAGUGCCUAAAUUCAAAAAUUAUUCAAAUGCAUCCAGCGCCUCUCAUAACUAUGCCAAUGACAAUAAUGUUAACUCUGACAAUUCAGUAAAGCUAGAAUUAACUCAGUUUGCAUUGCCAAAGAAUAAUAUUCCAUAUAAAUUUUGGAAUUCUGUUGACCCUUAUUGUGCACCAAUAACACUGGAUGACAUAAAGUUCUUAGAGUCACUAUUAGCUACCAGUAGCAACACCACCCUACCACCUAUACCACCACUAGGCAGACAUUAUUCAGAGGUAUGGGCUGAUGAACAUCUAGCUGAAGAUCAGAAUGCAUCUAAUGCCAAUAAACAAAAAACAGGGAUGUCACCUGAUUCAUCCAGUAUUCGUAAAAAGUUAGAAAAAUCAAAUGACAAUAUAAUAACAGGGCCAUUAACACAGAGGCUUGUUUCGGCAUUAAUGGAAGAAAAUGUGAUGUCAUAUGAAGUACCUGACAUUAAAAUAAAACAGUCUGGAACUACAAAGAGUAGUUACAAAAACUCAUUGACUUUGGAAAAAUGUUUAAGAAAGGAGCUGGUGGAACAAGGUAUAUUGGACCCUGAAGAUUUGCCCCCUCUCACAAAUCCUGCAGAUGAUGAAAUCUUGGCUGAAAUAAAGAAAUGCCAGACAGAACUAACAGCUGUGAGAAAAGAUAACUGUAAAAACCUUAAAAACCUCAUUGGACUCUGUAAGCAAGAGAUGAUUAGAUUAAAUUUGAAGAAACAACUUGAUCAAGUUGACAUGGAGUGUAUUGAGGUUUAUAAAAAGAUGGUAGCAGCCAAACAGAAGAAACGUCCAAUCACUAAGAAAGAGAAGGAAGAUGCCUGGAAAGUCAUCAAUGAACAGAUUAGACUUAAUAAAGAAAUUAAUGCAUUGCCUGUAACGGGACCAAACUCAAGCUAAAAUGCAAGAAUUUUUAGAUUGAACAGUAUAUUACUUUGUAUAUAAGAUUGAAAACCAUGUAUUGUUAAGGUAGUUUUACCAUUUGUUAUCACAAUGCCACCAAAUGUCACCCCUUUAUGUAACAAUGAAUAUUGUUGUAAUGAUUUAGCGUGUGUGACUAGAUCAUUGUCACUAGGAGUUAUUUAGGUACCUAUAAUAGGUAUAAUAAAUUAGUAUAGAUCUGCACUCUUGUAUAUUAUUACAAAAUGAUUUUAUGUUGAAGAAAAACAAUGAAGCUUAUAUGAAAAGGUUACAAAACCUUUUUAUAUAAGCACUGCAUGCUAGUUGAAAAAUUAUAUUCAAUCAUUUACACUUUGUUAUUGAUCUCUGACUGGUUCAACUUUAGACUCUUUUAACUGUAAAAGAGUCUAAAGUUGAACAUAACCUUUUAUUUAACGACCAUUCUUUAACUGUAAAGAAUGUUCGUUAAAUAAAAGGUUAUAAGUUGAAAACAUUGGUGUAUUUUUUUAAUUAAUUCAAGAAAAAAAAAUUGUUCUUAUAAGUAUUUGUAUUUAUAAUAUUGUGUUAUAGUACAAUCAAAUUUCUACUUGCUAUGCUAGAAGCUUUCAAUAUUUCUUUCUAAACGAGGAUAUUUUGAUUUGCUUUUGUUGAACUAUAAUGUAUGGAGAGGUAAUUAAAAAUGCUUUAUUUCAAAUGCAUAUUAUAAUAUACUACAUAUAUGUGUAUACUUCAAUAUUGUAUAUUUGGCUUUUUGUAAUCAGGGCUGGUUUAAAUGUAGCCAAUGGGCAAUGCAAAAAGUUAUGAAUGAUCACAUAAGUGAACUAUUUCUCUCCAUUUCUAAAUAAAAUUUUUUGGCCCUGGGAUUUGACAUUGUAUUAUUAUAAACAAUAUAAAUCCAGCUCCAACUAUAUAAUAUUUUUUUCUGUUUAUUUUUAUUAUUUAAAAGUAUUGUAAAAAAUAUUAAAAGCCAUUAUUCCA